AUGAUGCCGACGGCGCAGAUCACCAUGCCCAAGGUGAAAAAGCGCAAACAGAUCAGUGUCAGGUCCAUUGCGGAUGUCGAGGAUGUGGUGGCCAUGAAGAAAACGCCCAACCGACACCGGCACUUCACGUUAGUCAAGGACAGCAACGUAGCCACCAUUCUGGCGCACUUGAUCCGGGACAUCCACAAAAUGUUUAUCGGAAAUCAACCCGGUAUACAUUUCUUUUCCAAAACCAAAAAACCAGAAAGUAUAAGAAGUGAUGAUAGGUUAUCAAUUGCUUAUCCAAAUAACUUUUUCGGAGUAUAUAUAGAUACAUUAGAAUGCGAUACAUUCGGAGUAGAUUCAUUUUGUACUAUAGACAUAUAUGAUGAUAAUGGUGAGGAUAACGGUGAUACAAAACGUAAAAAACGUGAUAUAAAUCCAUGGAAACUUGAAUACAACUUUUGA